AGACUUUCGGCUGCCUCUCCGGGGCUUCCCCUUACUCCCUCCCCCAGACCCAGCGCGCUCCUGAAGCUCGGGCACUUACUUGUUGGUGUUUGUUUCUCUUGGCUCCGAGGGCAGUCGCAGAGCUUCUAAAAGGGGGUUGGGUUGGGUCGGGGCGUUUUGUUUUGUUCGGUUUUGUUUUUUGAGAGAGCCAGAGAGGCGGUAGUAAAGACUCGAGAGGAAGAUGUCAAACGUGCGAGUGUCUAACGGGAGCCCGAGCCUGGAGCGGAUGGACGCCAGACAGGCGGAGUACCCUAAGCCCUCCGCCUGCAGAAACCUCUUCGGCCCGGUGAAUCACGAAGAGUUAACUCGGGACUUGGAGAAGCACUGCAGAGACAUGGAAGAGGCUAGCCAGCGCAAGUGGAAUUUUGAUUUUCAGAAUCACAAGCCCCUGGAGGGGAAAUACGAGUGGCAAGAGAUGGAAAAGGGCAGCUUGCCCGAGUUUUACUACAGACCCCCGCGGCCCCCCAAAGGCGCAUGCAAGGUGCCGGCGCAAGAGAGCCAGGAUGUCAACGGGAGCCGUCAGGCGGUGCCUUUAAUAGGGUCUCAGGCAAACUCAGAGGACACACAUUUGGUAGACCAAAAGACUGAAACAUCAGACAGCCAGACGGGGUUAGCGGAGCAGUGCCCUGGGAUACGGAAGAGACCUGCAACAGACGAUUCUUCUACUCAAAACAAAAGAGCCAACAGAACAGAAGAAAAUGUUUCAGAAGGGUCCCCAAACGCAGGCUCAGUGGAGCAGACGCCCAAGAAGCCGAGCCUCAGAAGACGUCAAACAUAAACCGCUUGAAUUAAGGAUAUGUUUCCUUGUUUAUCAGAUAAACAUCACUGCUUGAUGAAGCAAGGAAGAUUUAAGUGAAAGUUUUAAAUACAUAUCGCGGACUCCAUGGAAUGGACAUCUUGUAUAAGCACUGAAAAGCAACAACACAAUAACACUAAAAUUUUAGGCACUCUUAAAUGAUCUGCCUCUAAAAGCAUUGGAUGUAGCAUUGUGCAAUUAGGUUUUUCCUUAUUUGCUUCAUUGUACUACCUGUGUAUAUAGUUUUUAUCUUUUAUGUAGCACAUAAACUUUGGGGAAGGGAGGGUAGGGUGGGGGUAAGGAAUUGGCAGGGGAGGUUUGAAGAGCUUGCUUCAAUUUAUAGCAAGAAGAAAAAAAAAUAUUUGACUUGCAUGAAGAGAAGCAAUUUUGGGGAAGGAUUGGAAUUAUUUACGUUAAAGAUGUAAUGUCCCUUUCAGUGAGAACUGGCAUUUCAUUUUUAAAAUCAUCAAAAUUUGAACACUGGCUACAAAUAAUUGCUAUUUAUUUUUACAUGAAACUUAUUUUCAUUUGGGAGCUCUGAUGAUUCCGUUGUGUAGCCGUAAAUGGCUUUUUUAAAAGAACAAUAAAAAACUGCCACUCUCAGCGUCCCCUCUCCCCCCUUAGAAUUGGAAUUUACCAGUUAAUUAUUCGGCAGUUAGGUAAUCACUCCAGGUAAUUCUGGACAAAAAUCUGGGAUGUAGGGGAAAUGUCCUGAAUGAUCAGAAUUGAUCCAUCUACACUUUUUUAAAUUUGUUAAACGUUUUUCUUAAUUUCCUUUUCACUUUGUGCUAUGCGGACAGUCAAAAUAAUCCUAAAUCCCUAAAUAUUUUUAGAAAUCUGUAAGUAACUUCACCUAAAAAAAAUGAAAUAAUUUUUAAUUUUAAGCUUCUCAUUCUGUUUGUUAAUUUACCCAAAGGAAAGUGGUGUUUUGACAGGAAAGUGUGUAGGGAAAGCACACUGGUGGGAUAAGUGAAAUGGAUACUACAUCUUUAAACAGUAUUUCUGCAUUGCCUGUGUAUGUGUAUGAAACAAAACCAUUUGAAGCGUACCUGUGUACAUAACUCUGUAAAGACACUGAAAAAUUAUACUAACUUAUUUAUGUUAAAAAGAGAUUUUUUUUUUUUUUUUAAACCUAGUCAAUACAAAAGCCAAAGUGGCAUGUUUUAUGCAUUUGUAAAUGCUGUAUUGGGUAGAAUAGUUGGGUUCCCCCCCCCCUUUCUUCUGUUAAAUAAUAUGGCUAUGCUUAAAAGAUUGCAUACUGAGCCAAGUAUAAUUUUUUGUAAUGUGUGAAAAAGAUGCCGAUUAUUGUUACACAUCAAGCAAUCAAUAAAGAAACUUCCAUAGCUCUUGA